AUGGCAGAUCCUCCGAGCUUGGCAUACUCUCCAGCCAACUCAAGUUCACAGCGGCCAAAGACUCAUGCUUGUGUCCUAUGUCAAAAGAGAAAGGUCAGAUGUGACAGGAAUGAGCCCUGCUCUGGCUGUGUCAAAGCCCAAGUCGAAUGCGUAUUUCGGGAGCCGCUUCCGCCUCGCCGACGCAAAAGGAAGCCAGAGGCGAUUCUGCUUGCACGUCUCAAGCGCUACGAGGAAAUCCUAGGGAGAAAUGGAAUUGAUCCAAAUGUUCUCGAUGGCAGCAGUGAGAAUAGUGCUGGCUCUAGCCGCCAUAACACUUAUGUCAAUCUGGUGAACUCCGCUGAAUCUACGCCGGCUGUGCCAAAUCAAUUCGAAUCCAAUACCAAAAAGAUCGGACCGGGAAGAUUGAUUGCAAAAGAAGGGAGAUCUAUAUACCUCGAUAAGUUUGUUUCCCAUGUCUUUCAGCAUAAAUUUGGCCACUGCUUACGCCAGCUUCAUCAGCAAUCUGUGGAAGAGCGUCAGCAACGAGAGGAUAUACUUCCUGAGAGCUCAGACGACGUAUCUGAUCAGUCACUUCACGACCAGGUUGAUGGAAUCGACCCUGAUGAAAACUUCCUUGUCUUCGGCUCUGCGUCUAGAAGUCUGACAGACCUUCAUCCCAGCCCUAUACACAUAUUUAAACUGUGGCAGGUUUUUCUUGAGAGUGUGAAUCCGCUAACUAAAAUAAUUCAUUCACCUACUCUGCAACAACGGAUCCUUGACGCAGCCAGCGAUCUAAGCUCCGUACCAAGGGAGCUAGAGGCUCUGAUGUUUGCGAUCUAUAGCGCUGCUUUGACAGCUAUGAGUGAUGAAGAGGUUGCUAAAACAUUUGGCGAAACAAAGACUAGGUUUCUGGCUAGGUGCCGGCAGGGUGCCCAACAGGCUUUGAUAAACGCAGGAAUCCUCAAAACAUCCGAUAUGGUGGUCCUCCAGGCUUUCGUCAUAUUUCUUUUGUCUGUUCGGCUUGUCUAUAAUCCGCAUUCCCUCUGGUCUCUGAGCGGCAUAGCCGUACGAGUAGCUCAACGUAUUGGACUUCACAGAGAUGGUUCUCAUCUUGGCUUGUCCGUCUUUGAAACGGAAUUGCGCCGGCGUUUAUGGUGGCAGGUUACUGUCGUCGAUGCAACUAUCGGCCAUAUGUCCGGUUCUAUUUCGUCUCUGCUCCCGGUCGCAGAUACGGAUACUCCUCUCAAUGUCAACGAUAGCGACCUUUAUCCUGAAAUGAAAGAGAAACCAAUUGAACAUUCCGGUCCCACGGAAAUGAUAUUCUGUCAGAUGCGCUAUGAAGUUGGCAAAUGGCUACGCCGUCAGGCAAGCUCCGGGGUUGUCACCUUUGACGGGCACUGGAGGAGCAUAAGCGAUACCUCUGUACCUCUGCAGGAAAAAGACAGAGCAAUUGACGAACUUGAAAACGCUCUUGAGGAGAAGAUUGUCAAGCAUUGUGACCCGUCCAUACCGCUGCAUCUCGUAACCCUACUGGUCGCCAGGUCAGCUGUCGGGAUGCUGAGAUUGGCGGCACAUCACCCUCGUUGUUACCAAGAACGAGGUGAACAUAUGACGCAGUCCGAAAAGGACCGACUGUUCACCAUCUGCAUGAAUGUGGCGGAGUACGGUAACGUCUUGCAAACGACUAAGACAACACAGCGAUAUCUCUGGCAUGUGGACUAUCAUUUCCCCUGGGAUGUUCUGAUCUACAUGCUCUCCGAGUUGCGGUAUCGCACUGUCGGGGAAGAGACGGCAAAGGCGUGGCAUUUAAUUGAUGUGGCCUGCACCCGGACUUAUCAACAGCUCGGGCCAAAAGCAAGGAGCCCGUUGCAUCUGGCGAUAGCUAGUUUGGCCGUGAAGGCCUGGGCUGCGCAUGUGGCAGAAUGCGAACGUCAUCAGCUGCCACCUCUUCCCUGUCCGCAGAUCAUCACAGUUUUCUCAAAGCAGAUUCAAAGAAACAAGUCCUAUUCCCAGGUUGCUUCGCACUCAGAGCAGCCUGAUGUAACUACAUCUGAGGGCGUUGCCGCAAGUGGGAAUCUCACCAAUUCUGCUUACGAACCGGUAAACGUAUCCAGACGGAGGGCCAGUUCAGACGACUUCGGUGCAGACAUCACCGCCAUGGCUGAAAUGUUUUCAUCCGACAAUAGUCCCAUGGACUGGGGCCAGUGGGACGAUCUGCUGCGGCAGUUCCAGGAUCAAUGUGGCGAGGGAGAAGCCUUCUCACUCACGUCGAAUAUGUAA